AAUCGGGUCCUGACGGUGGGAGGUUGUCUCCGGUGCUCUGUCCCUGCUGUUUUCUCGCCGGACGGCGCGGGCACGGCGCCCUCUCCGUGAGGGGAAAUGGGUCUGCACUCAGAAGAUGUGAUGCAGUAGAUGUGGUGCUUAGUCAUGGCAUCAGAACUGUAUAAAACAAUCUCUGAGGCAAAGCUUGAAAGGCACAAGAACUUGUUCUUAAAUUACCGAAAUCUCCGUCACUUCCCUCUGGAGUUACUGAAGGAUGAAGGGCUGCAGUACUUGGAGAGACUUUACAUGAAAAGAAAUUCUCUGACCACAUUGCCCGAAAACCUUGCACAGAAGCUUCCAAACCUCGUGGAAUUGUACCUUCAUUCAAAUAACAUAGUUGUUGUACCUGAAGCCAUUGGCUCCCUGGUUAAGCUGCAGUUUCUGGACCUGAGUGACAAUGCCCUGCAGAUUGUGUGUCCGGAGAUCGGCCGCCUGAGGUCCUUGCGGCACCUUCGCCUGGCAAACAACCAGCUGAAAUAUUUACCUGCAGAGGUUGGAGACCUGCGGGAGCUGCGGACUCUGGACAUCUCCACGAACCGCCUGAUGACGUUACCCGAGAGGCUGCACAUGUGCCUUUCGCUGCAGUACCUGACUGCAGACAGGAACCACCUGUGGUCUGUGCCCCGCCACCUGUGCCAGCUGCCCAGCCUCAACGAGCUCUCCAUGGCUGGCAACCGCCUGGCAUUCCUGCCCCUCGAUUUAGGUCGUUCUCGAGAACUCCAAUAUGUUUAUGUGGAUAACAAUAUUCACCUGAAAGGCCUCCCAUCUUAUCUGUAUAAUAAAGUCAUUGGUUGCAGUGGUUGUGGUUCUCCAAUUCAAGUAUCAGAGGUGAAACUGCUCUCUUUUUCAUCAGGCCGGUUAACUGUGUUCCUGCCAGCAGAGGUGAAAUCUAUAGGGACAGAAACAGAUCAUGUGCUGCCUUUGCAAGAACUGGCCAUGAGGACCCUCUAUAACACCUACUACAGGUUUUUGAAAGAUUUAAACUUUCUGACUCCUAUCUCACUACCCAAAAGCCUCUUGGAAUUGCUGCACUGUCCCUUGGGACACUGCCACCGCUGCAGCCAGCCUAUGUUUACCAUUGUCUACCCAAAGCUCUUUCCCUUGAGGGAAACUCCAAUGGCAGGAUUGCAUCAAGGGAGGACAACUGUUAGUUUUGUGGCAUACUGCUGCUCCACCCAGUGUCUGCAGACUUUUGACCUACUGAGUUGAUAAACAUUUCAACCUCCUGAGGAGUGCUGCCAGUGUAAAGCUGCAUUCAAUGCUGUGUCUCCUUGGUACUGGAAUACCGUGUGUGUGUGUGUGCCAAAGCAGCAGAAGUGCCCAGUCAGGAACACUCUGAGGCACUUAAAUCCUGCCCUAUCAAAUCUGGAUGAACUGCAGGAACUUUUCAGAAGUAUAAAUACCGAGCUUUUAAAAGUAUUAACUUCUCUCUCUCCUCUGAGGCAGCACACAAACCAAACACAUUCAUGAGCUCUGACUUCAGGAUUUCCAGUAUUUUUCAAAUGUGCCUGAUUUCAGGUUGACCCAUUGCAUCAUUUGGGGCAAUUGCAUUCCUCUAACAGGAAAAGAAAAAAAAAAAAGUUCAGUUAUAGCAAACAAAUUUUCACUUAUUCAUCCCUGUCCUCUUCCCCUCUACAGCUGCAAUCAGGUGUACUGCUAUAAGCCUGCAGAAACCUUUGAUGGAUCCCAGUGACUUUUCCAUAGAAUUCAGCCUUAUUUUCUCCCUCUCACCUUAUUGUUUACCCCAGCAGAGUUAUCCCAGUUGUAUACCAAGUCUUUGACAGUUCUCUGUGGUAUUUAAAUCCACUUUCUAAAAGCAGAUCUUUUCUUUCUGGUAUCACUAAAUACCACAGUGAUUUAAUUGGAGUAACUAGGAUAUGUCUGGAGACUGAAGAUCCUGCCUCAGUGAAGGCUGGUACUGAUGCCUACACUAAGGGCUCUUGCUCCAGCAUGUUUGAGGGUGUGUUUUCUUAAUUUUCAUUGCUUUAUUUUUAGAAAUAGUUCUCCUUUUGUUCCGUUGAGUUCUUCAGGAAGAAGACAACUUUAAGUAUCAAUUUCCCUUGGAAAAAACCCAACUAGUAAUAUGAUAGGAAAUCUUUCUGUUUAUUACAUUUUUACAGUUGCAGGCUAUAGAUCUGCAAAGAGCUGGUCUUGAUCUUUUUCUAGAUUUAGCAUUUGGCUGAUUUGUCCAAGUGUGUCAGUGGACUGUGUGCCCUUGGAGAAGGCUGGAAAUCCAGGAGCAGGUGUGUAUCUCCAUCCACAGGUAUAUUUGCAUACAUGGAUACCUGCACAGAAGGGCUGGGACAUUUGUUUUCAUACAUUAAUGGCAAAUUUGGUGUAAAUUGCCACUUACUAUCCUAUUUGUGGAAAUAAUUUUUUGUUACAUCUUGUUCAUUUUAAAUAAAAAACAAAGGAUGGAAAAAAGGCCCAAAAUGCUUACAUGACAAAACAUUUUGAUUUUGUACUGAAACAGUUUAUUGUUAAGUGGUAUAAACCACUUGUUGAUUUAGCACAGUGUGCUGCUCUGUGCAGUAGGUAGUUACAAGUUGAAAUAGAUAUGAAUGAAACAGUUUGUUAUAAAAAUGGCAAGAUAAAGAGACUUAUUUGGUAGUGUAUUAGCAUAUGUUGUGGUGAGGUGUGCGUACUUUGAAGGCAGGAGGCAUUAAAAUGUUUUCCUGUUGCCAAAGAAGCAUUUGUUCCCUCUGCAGGCUUCCUGGCAUCUCUUCAAUAAAUAGAGUAUCUUAAGAGCUUAAAAGAGUACCAAAAAGGCAGUUUUGAGGAUGGAAUUUUUAGGUUGUGCAUGUUACUUGUAAAAAUCUUUCCUCAUUUUAUGGGGUUGGUUUUAGAGAGUUGAAUUAGCAUUAAGAAAUGUAGAAUUUAAUCCUUCAGGAAUGCAAGUAUCAUCUACUGCUUAAGAAUUGUGAAACUUUCUAAAAUAAAUCCCAUUUAUUGAAUCUGCUUUGCAGUAGGGGAAAGAGCCAUGUCCAAGCAGCCUUGGUGCUUUUGGAUUUCUGUCUGUGUCAUUUCCCAGGUUUGUUUCUGUGUUGGAAUCCCAGCAGGCCCACCCACCCCAGGGUUCAUUGCUGAGGCAGCAAAAUCCAUCUUCAGCUUUAUCCUUUUCCUUCAGUACCUCAGAGCUGAGAUGUAAAUUGCCCAUGUACAAUUAUAUCUGUAUCAGAAAUGUGCAAGUGUAGGACAGAAUCCACUUUUUUUAAAAAAUAGAUGAUAAAAGCUAUGGUAAUGUUACAGAUAUUAAUUUUUAUAUGAUACUCUGAUCAAGAAUUUUCAGUAUUAUUUUUACUGUGGCUUUCUCUGUCUUUGAAGGAGAUGUUUUCUUGGAAGUUUUUGUCCUCUUUUUAUAGCAAGUUGUAGACUUGAAAUCACAGUUUAUAUCUGAAUUCAGUCUGUAAAUAAUAUUUUGGAGUUAAAACUGGUUGUGAUCACCUAAAAGACAUGAGCAUUUGUUUCAUUAGGAGUCAAGAAGAGUGAAGCUUGAUUUUGUUAUUGUAAUUAUUUAUUUAUUAUUUUCUUUCUCCUUCCCAUAAUCUAGUUAUUUCUUAUUGAGUCUGUAUCAGUCUCUUUAUUAUUGUCUCCAAGUGCAGUUCAGAAGAAAUUUAGCCUGUUCUAUAAGCAGGAUGAAUCUUAACUAACACUUUAAUAGAUGAUAUUUCAAGAAUGGAAUGUUCAAUAAAUAAAUGACUUAAACAUGCAAUUGAAGCUGAAAUGUCAUACCCUAUUUUUAUAAAACAAAGAAGGGGAAAGCCAAUAUAUAGACUGAGAAUGCAGCUUAAAUUAAUGUUUGAUGUUUUGGGGUUUUUUUAAUAUGAACAGUGUUUGUAUUCAUCUGUAUCUUUGGGUGAUAUUCUUCUAGAUAAAAAUAACUCCAUUCUCACUUGUCCAAGUUUUUCUAAAGUUGUUCUGCUGUAAGAGUAUUUCAUAACCAGCAAGUAUGAGAGCCAGCUAUGCAAAUUGCAGAGGGGAGAGGGAGCUUGUUGGUGAUCAAACUGUGCAUCACUGGUUUUUCAAGGUGCCACAAUGCUUGGACUUCUUUUUAAUUGGUUUGUUUCUGGGUAAUUUUUGAUUUCUUCCUCUUUGUCAGGUUUGUCAGGUUAGUUCCCACUGAGGUAAUGUUUUGUAUGUACUAAAAAAAAAUCAGGUUCCAGAUGUUGAAAAAAAAUGACCAUUUAAAAAGUUUUUUUGUUGUAACAGUAGAUCUUAAUUCUUCACUUAGGGUUGGAGCAGGAAAAGUGUUUUGGUUUUUUUUCUCAAGGCAUUACAAAGAUAAAGGUGCAGAAGAAGAAUGAGAUAAAAUAAAUCUUUAACCCAUUGAUACUGCUAUAAAAUUUUUCUAAGAUUAACUCCCCUUAUAAUCAGGGAUCACAGGCAUCAUUUUUGUUUAAGUUUUGAUAACAGGCACCAUGUUAAUAAAAUCUGAACCCUGUAUAGAAGUAGCUUUUUGUUCUGUCACAAAGGAAACUGAGGAAUCUCUGGCUUUGUUUAAAAAUCCUUUUGAGUGGUUUUGUCAUGGACACUGUUACGUUCGGAACACUGUUCUUGGAAACCUUCCUCAUCAUCCCUCAGAGGAUCAGAAAUGCCCUUUCCUGUGCAAAAAGCAAGGUCUAAUAUAAAGAAAUGUGUAUUUUUCUGUUUUGAUUCUUCUCCUGGGCUCUUGCCACGGUUCAUUACAAACCUUCUAUUUACUUGGUUGUGGUGAGGUUGAGAUGUUGCUCUGAGCAGAGCGGUGCUGUUUAUUGCCAAGUUGGCUUCAAUUCCUGCAGAUUGAAUUCUGCUGAAUCCCUUUUUCUGGCAUUGAAGGGAGCACAGGACUGUUCUAACACCCAUGUGGGAGCAGCGUGUCAGGUUCUACUGACAUCACAGCCCAGCUGAAGACUGGAGAGUGACAAACCUGUCACUAGAGAGGACAACUGGCUUUUGAAGGCCACUCUGGCCCCACCAGAGUACCACUGAUAACAGAACUUUUGCCCUGAUGUCAGUGGAGGAUGGGUCAAGUUUUAAUUGAUGAGAGGGAAGAAUGUAUAUUACCAUCUUUGUCUUUCUUGCAAAAAGUGGGACUACACCAGAAUCCAUGGCUGCUGCUCUGUCUGCAGCUGCUCUUCUGUAAUUCCAAGAUGUAACUAUCUUUGCCUCUUACCUCCCUCUUAACACUGCUCAUGUUGUUGCAAAAUGUUAUAGUUGACUUGUGAUGGAAGAGGCUGAAUAAAUUGAAUCCAGAGUUUUUAUUACUUUUUUGUAUUACAGACCUAUUUUGUAAGAGACCAAAGGUCUGGUGGAAAGAAACGGCAAUGUUCAUGUGAAGUCUUCAUUGCUUUUGCUUUUAUGUGCCCUUUUUUGGAUUAUGAUUUGAACUUGGUUUGCAACGGAGUUCAUUCUGUGUCUGUGGAAAGCACAUGUGCAUUGCUUUCUUGCUCUGUAUUAACCAAAUGUCAUUUAGUGUGAAGGUGAGCUUGCUAGAUGGUUUAUUUAAAGUUAGUGGUGCAAAUUAUUGUAUGUGCUUGUUAAUAAAUUAUAUUUUUGGAUAGAAUUACCGUUCAUUAAAAUUAACUAAAUUCUU